AUGGUCGAUGCCGCUGUGUCUGCAAAAGCUGAUAUGCUGGCAGCGGCCAGAAAAAAGCUAAAAGACUUCGAAUCUCGACAAAAAUUGGAUGGUCGCUCUUCUCCCGCAUCCAGCAUAAUUUCAUCGGAACCAGAUGGAGGAGCAGCCCUAAAUGGACGAAGUAGCGUUGUUAGUGACGAUUCCACGGCUCUCCAGAUACCACAGUCUUCCUCUUCUGCGCAGAAUUUGUCUAGGAAUGGAACGAAUGCUUCUCCAUUCCUGCCAAACGGAAACGAAUGGUAUCAAGCUUAUACGCAGUUGAAGACGCAGCAUGAUGAAUUGUGUGCACAUUAUGCGCAACUUCAUUCUGCCUACUCGCAAGUCAACGCAAACGGAGUUCAUGUCGACGCCGAGAGUCAAAUCGUACAACUUCAACAUGCGUUGUCCGCCAUGGUAGAGGAAAAAGUUUCACUUCAAAGCGAUUUACGACGGUCAAACGAACAGACCGAAAAUCUUCGACAGAAACUGGCUGCUGCAGAACAUUUGUCAAAUCAAAAGCGAGUGGAACCUACUUCCUCCACGUACAGUAGUUCUGAAGAAGUUCGGAAGCUAACAGAAACAAUAACUCAAAAAGACAGCCUCCUUACUGCACGUCAUCAAGAACUCGAGGGAGCAAGACGAGAAGUUGCUUCUGUUCAAGCUAGUUUACUCAAUGUGCAACACGAAAGGAGUGAAGCUCAGGCUCGUGUAAAGAGUUUGAUUAAAGAAACUGCAGCUCAGCAAGGAAGAAUCGAUCAAUUGAAAAAAGAUAUUCAAAUGAAAGAUCUUUAUUUGAAACAACUCGGUGGUUCUGUUCCGGCUAAUGUUCAAAAUCCUGAUAACAACGAUCACGGAAGUUCCUUGCAGGAGUUGGAGCAUUUCAGGUCUGAAAAAACGCGACUUAACGCUGAAGCUGCCACUUUGAAAGCACAUUACCUCGAUCGUGAACAUGCUCUCCAACAGAAGCAAGCUGAGCUAGCUACAGAACUUGAGAAACUACAAACUGAACAGUUCUCUGCGAAAGACGAAAUACAACAUUUAAAUCACGAACUUCAAAUUGCUCGAUCUGAACUCGAAAAGGCGCAGUCAAGUGUUUCGGAGUGUCCUGAAGAAGUACCCAGAAUUACUGAAGAAGAUGUAACCAAGCGAAUUCGAGAAGCAUGCCACGUUGAACGACUGAAGUUUGACAGAAAACUCGAGGAGAACCAACGACAAAGAGAGGAAGAGAUACUCGAAAAAGAUAAAGUAAUUUUCGAGCGAGAGCAAUCUUUGGCUGAACUUGAAAUGAAGUACCGACUUUUGGAAGAGAGAACAUUGGAAUCUACUGCUAAUGGAGCCGAUCUUCUUUCACUAUCAGAGCAACUUCAAAACGAAAAAGCUACUGUUUCACGAGCAGUUGCCCAAAACAAAGAACUCAAAGAGCGAUUACUGGAAACGGAAGAUAGAUUUGUUGUCCUGACGGAAGAGAAGGCUGCGACAGAGCUGGCUAAACAAUCUGCAGAGCAUCAAGUGAAAGAGCUCACAAAACAGUUGAACUUGGAAGCCGCUGGCCUAGUUGGGAAUCUCUCAGAAGUUAUCGCAAGUCAACCACAUUUGGAUGCAGCCCCAGAAUCAUCGCAGUCUGAAAACAAUCUGAGAUCACAAGAAAUCGAAAAUAUGAACACGGAGCUGAAGGAAACUGUGGAAACCCUACAAAGAGAGAAUUCUGAAAUUCGUUUGAAUUUGGACCAGAAAACUCACGAACUGCAACAAGUUCGUGCUGAGCUGAGAAGAAGUACUACUCAUAACGAACAAAUGGAUGAGAUCAUGAGACAGAACGCAGAAGAUGAGAAUCAAAACUCGAUUCACGUUGAGCUCACUCAAGCAGUUGGACGGGUUCAGGAGCUAGCCACUGAAAAUGAACAAAUGCGAGAAUUGUUGAACGAGGUUCGUCAGCAAUUAGAAGAAGAACGAUCCGAAAGAGCAACCGAGUCUGAAAGAAACAAACGUGAGAAAGAAGAGAAAGACUUAGAAUUGGUCGAACCGGAAGUAGCCAAAGAUGUAGAGCAACAACCUUCCCGUGAGCUUCAUGAAGACUUGUGGGCUCGAAAAGAAUUAGAGAAACGCUUCGCUCGAGCAAUGAUGCAAAACGCCGAGCUUGUAGAAACGAUUGAUAGGCUGGAGCAUAUCAAUCAACAGCUUGAACUGGAAAAUGAUACUAUUGCUGAUCACGUUGUACUCUACCAACAUCAAAGAAAGUUGGUUCGGGAAAGACUUCGAGUGAAAGAUGAACAGCUGAAGGCGAUGGAAGAGGAACGAACGAGAACAGUGACAAGGUGCCAAGAACUGCAGAAUGUCUUGAUGACUGUGCUGAACAAAGGAGGUGUACUAAAGGUAUAUGAAGACUAUUUUUGUGCUAAACGUCAACAAUCAUUUCAGGAGUACACCACUACGUCUCGCAAAGCUUCGCGUCGUGUUUCUCGUAGUUACAGUCAUUCAACUGUCGACGAAUUGAGUGGUGAUGAAGAUGUUGUUAUUGAUGCGAAAUUGGAGGAAAUUCCCGAAAGAGUAGGGGUUCAUGGUCAAGGAGAUGAAGCAAUCAAUAGUAUAGUGAAUCCAACUCCGUUGAUAUUGGAAACAGAAGAGAAUCGUGCAACACCAGAUUUUAAAUCGGUCGUUGACAAUCCUAUUUCCAUCGAUCCAGAAACACAUACAGAUGCAUCUGUUCGGCGUAUUCUUGAAAUAAUUUCGGAUAUCAGCAGACCGCAGCCGAUUCCCACUGGCCAACUUCAUUGUACACAAUGUAUUGGAGAUCUUCAAGAGCUCUAG